GCGCAAUGCUACCAAUGGUUUUACUGAACAACGAUCAAGGCAACUGCGCUCAUGCUUCCUGAUAUAUCCUUUGAACACUGAUAUUGACAUAUCCUCCCAACAGUACCUAGAUACGGUACCAAUGGCCACUGAACAGUCAUGGCAUUUGGCAGGGUCUGCGAGUUGGAGAAACAUCGGCCUCGGAGGGGAACCAACACUGACCAACCGACUGAUAGCUGCCUUUGACUUAUCCUGCAAUGCCAUUGGUUUCAUCUCUCUUCCAGGCCCGCCUAUCCAUUGCAAUAUCCAAUAGCAAUUUGGGCCGCUGGCUCCAGCCGGCGUCGGCCAUUAAAGUCACUCUGCGCGCAAUGCUAGUACGACGUACCACAGGCACAGAAGUGCUAGGGCAGUGUGUUGCAGUCAAGUUCACUGGCCGUCACCGCAGCGCAGUCUGGCCGUUGCUUGGAGGAGGCAGAAAGCACACACUCUCUCUCCUCCUCCUGCUCUUCUUCAAGUUGCUUGUUGCUCACGGUCUGCUGUUAUUUUCUUACAUCUUCAUGCCCAGAAAUGUGAUUCUGCUAUUUCCCAACUGCUGGCAACCUGCUCUUUUGCUUUGCUAACCCGGCCGAUCUGUUUUCCCACCACUGUUUCCUGGUCCACCCGCCUCGUCACAGCCGACUGCGAAUUUCCCUCGCCGCCCUCACAACCAGGCCUUACACCGCACCACCAACCGUUUCUACUGACGAGAAAUACUCCCGGAUGAUUCUUCCACGGUCUUGGGCACCUCUCGAGCUCUGAGAUUCCAGACCUCGUCUUUUCCCGCCCGAAGAUGAGUCCUCGACGCUCGUCCCGCGCCCGCUCCUCCCAGCUACCUCCUGCCGCCCUCAAUCACACCAAUUCUACCAUGUCCAGUGCCUCAAAAACCGAUCGUGACCCGCCGGCAAGCCAUCGACCGGCCUCCCAAAGAAGACCAUCCACACAAAGAUCCGAAUCCAUCGAUGGCGCAGACUCGGCUUCUCGUUCGGAGCUGCUUGCGCCGCGUCGUAGCAGACGCAACGGCGCUGAAAAGGAACCUACAGUCAAGCAGCAGCGGGAUGACCACGAAGAAGGAGGCGUCGAAGCCGACACCAAUGAAGAAGAGGUGACUCGUUGUAUCUGCGGACAAGCUGAGUACCCGGGCCCCUCGGCCAGCAUCCGCCAGCAGCAACCCAACGCUGCCGCCCUGACCGAUGAAACUGGCAAUUUUUUCGUCCAGUGCGACAAGUGCGGGGUUUGGCAACACGGCGGCUGUAUGGGUCUGCUGGAUGAGUCGAUGCUGCCAGAUGAAUAUUACUGCGAACUGUGCAAGCCUGAAUACCAUAAGGUGACAAAGUCAGCUAAUGGUCCGAAAUCCUCCCGCUACCUGCCGGUCCUUGGAAACCCCUCUGGACGAUCCUCGCCCUUGUCUUCCACCGCGGAGGCGCCCCGCAAGAAGGAUGCCAAGAACAAACUCAGCGAAGCUACCAAGAGACGAGCUACAAUGAACAGCCGGGGAGCAUACGACGAAGACGAGAUGUUACGCCGGGCCAUUGAAGAAAGCAGCAAAGAGAUAGGGUCUCUGGGCAAGCGUACACGCGACGAGUCAGAAGAUCACAAAGCCAACAACAAACGGCAACGCACAGGGUCCAAUUCGUCUUCAACCGUAUCCAAGCACAGUGAAUCGCCGGACCCACCUGGGCAGGAUGCCUCGAACAAAACAAACGGCACAGGCAGGAUCGCUUCACAAAAGCUUAGAGGCGCAGCCGCCCGCAACAACCGCGAAAAGGAGAUGCAGGACAAACAAAAAGAACAACAAGCAUUGCGACGUGCCGAGGCUGCAAACAAACGAAACGCUCGGUCAGAACGCAGAAGAGGAGAAGAUUCACCACCUCCUACCCCUAGCCUUUCUCCAUCCAAAAUGGCCCAGGUCAACGGCAAAUUGAAAGCCGACACCCCUCCUUCGGGCAGAUCAAAUAACAAUCGUCGGACGGGACGGCCGGCGGCGAGGCGAGGAAGACUGGGAAGAAAUCAGUACACGCGAGAUCAUGGAGAUGAGGGUACACCUGCAAGAGAUGGCUCUCACGACAUCAACGGUGGAUCACCAUCAGGGGCGAACGGAAUUCAUGGGGAGAGUGGACGAAGCUCCAAAGCAAAGACCCAUCCCGCCCGAACGAGCCUGAAUGAGAUGAAGAGACGCGUUGCAGCAAUUUUGGAAUUCGUCGGCCAUAUGCAGACCGAAACUGCGUCGCAUCCACACUCGCACCAUUCCAACGGAAAUGGAAGCGCCUCAAGUUCCAAGAGUACAGGUACACCUAUCGGCGUCAAGACAUCGACACAUUUGCCCACCUCGAGUUUGGUCCGAGCGGUGGAAGCUGGACUGCAUGAGGCACAGGGUGACGGCGCAAUUGGCGUUAUCGAUGACAAGGAUUUCGGAACCAUGGACAGCGGCGAAAUGAUGGAAACACUGACCAAGGAAUUGGUGCAUUGGCAGACGGUCUAUGGAGUUUACUCCAGAUGAUCAAGCGACUGGAUCACAACACAACUGAUGGGAUGAUUACACGAUUGAGAGUUAAUGAGCACUGCACCGGCAUUGAUGGGAAUGGCUUGAUGGGAUCGGAUGCAUGAGGGACAGCGACCGCCAGGGGAAAGGCGUUUGAACGCGACAUUGGUAUUUGCUGAUGGUGCAUUAUUUGCGAGGCUGCGAUAUGGAUACCUGGGAACUAAGUAUCUCUUAAUUUAGCUACGAUGACUUGCUGGACUGUUCCUGAAAAUUGAUGGAUGCUAUCGG